UAUAUAAUACAUAAAUUCAUAAGAUGUGGUCUUCAACAGUAAUGGUUGCAAUGCUUUCCUUUUCAGUCUUAUUAUACUUGAUAUCAGUGUUGUUAUUACUGUUUCCUGAAUUUUCCCAUUAACAAUAGAAGACGUGAUGAUCGACGACGCCAGGAUUGGUACUGAGGUCGACGAGCAGGUCUCACUGCAUGGGCAUUAAUCAAAAUAAUAUUUAAUUUAAAGAGUAACCACUAAGCUUGUGCACAACUUUGCAUUUUUUCAUUGCUGAGAUAUUACUUUUUCAAAAGCAACUUGUUGCAAAAAAAGAAAAAAAAUCUGUCUAAAAAUAUAGUUUGAAGCAUUUUUUAACCGAAAUAUGCUUCAACUGCUAAUUUACACAUUAAAAUAAUGUUCGCAGCGCCAUCUCUUGGAAUUAGUUGCGAUGACGUCAUGAGUUGUGUUAGUGUCAGUGUUGUUUAUUAUGGCUAUGGCGUGUUCUUCACCAUCCAGUGUUGAUAGCUUUUCUAGUUCUAGUUCUAGUCUGGACUCUAUAGACAUUUCCGAUAACAGUGAUGAUGUAUGGCAUGUUUGGCAAGACGGUGUUGUGCUUGGUUACCAAUUUGAGCCCGAAUAUUUGUCUGAAGAGGAGCUCUUGGAGUGUGCGGCAUUUCAGCCACCAGAGAACUAUUGGUUGGAAAAGCGAAUGGACAAUACUGACUGGUGCAAGUGUGACAGAUGUGUGUUAUGUGAAUCUCCAGAGGAAAACAUGUGUUGUACAGAAAAGAUGCCAAUAGGAAAAAUUUGAUGAGUACAACGACAAUUUUGGGGGAAA